AUGGCAAGAAAGAAGGUUAAAAUUGCGAAGAUUAUGAAUGAGAGUACUAGAAAAUCUUGUCUUAGAAAAAGAAGAGCUGGUUUGUUUAAGAAAGCCGAGGAACUGUGUGUCCUAUGCGACGUGCAGAUCGGCAUAGUUGUUUACAGUCCAGAUGAAGCUGCAGCAGGUCCCGCAGUUUGGCCAUCUCAGCAAGAGAUGGAAGGAGUAAUGGCGAGGUUUUUUGCCAUGCCCGAAACUGAAAGAGCCAGAAAAGGUAGUACACUUGUAAGCUACCUCAUGGAGAGGUUGGAGAAAGAGGAGGAAAAGAUCAACAAAGCCAAGAAGAAGAAUGAUGAGAAGGAAAUGGAGGAAAUCACGUGGCAAAUAUCUGAAGGUAAUAUGAAUGUAAAGGGACUAGUUGAUGCAAACCAACUUAAUGGUGUGUCUUUGUUGGCUGCUGACUUGGUUGACAGGCUCCACAAAAGGAAGCAACAAAUCAUGACCAGCAGCAGCAGCAGCAGCAGCCCACAAAAUCCAGCAGAUCAUCCUUCUGCACCACCACCACCACCUCCUCCUCGUCAGCAUCAUCACCAGGCAUCGCCAGCACCUGUAGAAGAAGAAGCUGCAGCCCCAUUUCAUGGGGAUAUUGGUGAUAGAGAUGUAAGGACCUUGAGCAUUCCCACACCAAUGGAACAAUUGAUGAAUGAUCAAUGGUUCAUGGAUACAAUGGCCCAUCACCAGGAUCUUCAUAUUGGUGGAGGGAGUGACUUGGGGCUGCCACCUGAAGACGCUGCCGGAACAAGUGGUGGCACAAAGGACAAGGACCUGCCUGAUGACCUCAACAGUGCAUGGCCUCACAUUUAUUCUCCUUGA